AUGGAAUGUAAAAACAAAGUUUCAAAGAAGAAGGAGUGUGAUGGAAAAUUUGUUUUCAACUCCAAUAAAAAGGAUGAGCUAAGCAAGUUGAGUGAGCAUGAAAAGAAACAAGUGGCUGACCAUGGAGUUGAGGGACAAUUAGCUGGAGAGAAAGUGGUACAAGGAGUUGAGACUAGUGCCAAGUUCGCAUUAGGUUCAGUUGAUCAUAUUGUAGCUCUUGGCACUGUGAUGGAACACAAUGACCCCUCCCAAGUUUGUCAUGGUUAUCCACUAGGGGAUAAUAAUUUGCGUGUUUCAGUCUCUGUUGCAAUUGAGGAGAACGCCUUAGUUCCGUUUCCUGUGGGUGAUGAAAUACGAACUGUUAGGCAGGCCAUGGGGAGUUGGGUACCAUGGCCGAAAGAGCUUGUCAUAAUGUCACCUGUGAAGAAACCUGAGAGGAAGAGAAAAAAGAAAGUGGUACAGGAAGACGAACUCUCUGAGGAUGAGUUUAGCCUACAAUCAUUGGCAGCUUCCUUACCAAAUUCAUUGAGCAUGUUGUGCAUGUGGGGUGAGGUCGGAUUCAAAGAUAGGAAGGCUAUCACCAUUCAAAUUGAGGCUGAAGUGUUUGGCCGUGCACGGAAAACAUUUAUACUACGGCAAGAUGUGCACAGAAUUGCAACCAUGAACGAAUUAACUGGGAACUGCAUAGUGAUAUACCAGAGGUACCUCUAUGAUGUCCUGAGUCAAUAUAAAAUGUUGGAUAUGGUUGCUUUUGUUGACCCUGCGAUGAUUGGUGCAAUUGGGUGUGGGAAAGGUCAAGAAAGGUCCCAACAUAUAAAGGAGAGGCUGGUAUCUGCAAAACCUGGACAUAUUUUCAUGCUGCCGUAUAACUCAGAGUAA